AUGACUCCGAAGGGGGAUCUUAGCGUGGUUUCGCCCCUUGAAGGACACGCCUCUGUGUUCCUGAGGCAGCAGGCGUUGGUGGCGGCCAUCAGCGAGAAGGACGCUAACAUCGCGCUGCUGGAGCUGUCGUCCAACAAGAGGAAGAAGGCCCAGGAGGAGGUGAUGGCGCUCAAGAGGGAGAAGGACAGGCUCAUGCACCAGCUCAAACAGCAGACUCAGAGUCGGAUGAAGCUGAUUUCGGAAAACUACGAGGAAGACCACCACCAUCCCCAUCCUCAUCCUCAGCCUCACCAUCCUCACUACCAACACCCCCAACACCCCCAACACCCCCAACACCACCCUCACCAGCACCAUCAACAUCACCCCCACCAGGUGCAUCAGCACCACCGGAGUCUCCCCAGGGGCCCGCCCCAUGCCAACCACCGGCCCCCCGUGGACCAGGACGACGAGGAAGGAAUCUGGCAUGAUAGACAUCUCCCCGUAAGGAGGCGCUGGCUCCAUUUCCACUGAGUGAGUUCUCUCCUUACUUAAUAAUAAAUCUUAACUUAAGUCCAUCUCCUCACUUGGUUAAUCCUCCUUCCCUCAAACCUUUUGAUAAGCUUUAGCUAAAUGUCCGUGCAACCUUGUUAAACAUUGCACACACACACACACACAGACGUUGUGUGUUUGUGUGUUUGUGUUUAUGUGUGUUGUUAGCCUGACCUCCUAAACAAUAGGUCUCUUGAGGCAGCUUUAGUGGCCAUUAGCGAGAAACAAGGAUGGCAUCCACAGUAACCACAACCUUACCAAACACACUAUUGCCCAACUGGCCCUCUUUACAGUGACUUUGGUAUCUGAGAUGGGUUUGAGCGGGGUAGGUGUAUGUGUGUAUGUGUGUGUGUGUGUGUGUGUGUGGG